GCUCGUACAACUAUCUAACUGUGAAGAAAAGUAUUUCACUAAUUAGACCAUACCUUUCUCUCUCAACUAUUUUUCAAAAACCACAAAAUGAAACUGGAGCUAGUCCUCAUACCAUCAACUGGUGACGGCCACCUCCGGCCACUAGUGGAGGUUGCUAAGCUCCUCCUCGACAACGAUGAUCAUCUCUCCAUCACCGUCAUCAUCAUCCCUUCCAUGCACGGAUUCCAAACAACAAGCUAUUCCUCCUACAUCGCUUCUCUCUCCACAACUUCCAACGACCGCCUACGCUUCAGCUUCAUAUCAUCUGCCGAUAGACCAAACUCUCCUGACGCUGAGCCGAAUUUCAUCUCCUACAUGGAGAGUUAUAAACCGGUGGUGAAAGCUACGGUGGCUAAACUCACCGACUAUGCUCAACCUCCCUCUAGCCGGCUUGCUGGCUUCGUGAUGGACAUUUUCUGCACGACGAUGAUUGACGUUGCCAACGACUUCGGCGUUCCGACAUACUUGUUCUAUCCUUCCAACGCCACGUUUUUCGGAUUACAGAUACAUGUGCAGUAUCUUUGCGACGUUGAGAAGUGCGACAUCAUCAGCGAGUUGAAAGAUUCGGAAACUGAGUUGGAAGUACCUUGUCUGACUCGCUCUUUACCAGCCAAGUGCUUCCCAUCUGUGUUGUUAAACAAGGAGUGGUUACCUGUUUUUCUAAGGCAAGCCAGAAGAUUCCGCGAAACUAAAGGUUUCUUGGUUAACACGUUUGCUGAACUUGAGCCACAAGCUAUGAGUUUCCUCUCCAACGGAGAUAAUAAUCUUCCCACGGUUUACGCGGUGGGGCCGGUUUUAAGUGUCAAAAACAACGGUUUAGACUCGGCCGACGAUAAACAAACGGAGAUCCUACGGUGGCUUGAUGACCAGCCGGAUAGAUCCGUUGUGUUCCUCUGCUUUGGGAGCAUGGGAGGUUUCAGUGAGGAUCAAGCCAAAGAGAUUGCCAUAGCGCUUGAACGAAGUAGCCAUCGGUUCAUAUGGUGUCUUCGCCGUGCUACACCGAUGGGACCUCCCGAAGAAUUCACGAAUCUUGAAGAGAUUCUUCCAGAAGGGUUUCUAGACCGGACAUCAGAGAUUGGUAAGAUUAUAGGUUGGGCCCCACAGAGAGCCGUGCUGGCGAGUCCAGCCAUUGGAGGGUUUGUGUCGCACUGUGGUUGGAACUCAAUACUUGAAAGUCUAUGGUUCGGAGUUCCCAUUGCCACGUGGCCGCUUUAUGCGGAGCAACAGCUUAACGCAUUCGAGAUGGUGGAGGAGCUGGGGCUAGGGGUGGAGAUAAGGAAUCAUUUUCAAGGAGUAUAUAUGGCGGCGGAGACGGAUAUGGAACUGAUGACGGCAGAGGAGAUAGAGAGAGGAGUUCGGUGUUUGAUGGAGAAGGAUAGUGAUGUGAGGGAUAGAGUGAGGAAGAUGAGUGAGAAGAGCCACAUGGCAGUAAUGGAUGGUGGAUCUUCGCAUGCUGCUCUUGUAAAGUUUAUUCAAGAAGUUACUCGUAAUAUCUCUUGAAUGUUGGAGAUAUGGUGAACGUUCCAAGAAAAAAACUAUCGUAUUAGUCUCCAUUAUGGCGAUAUCCAUGGCUAGGUUUGAAUUUUCCAUGACGUUGAUAAUGAGUUAUUAUAAGAACGUUACUUUUGAAUUUUCUUACACUUUGUUUGUAUAUAUGCAUUACAUUAUAUUCUCUAUCUAGAUGUUGAACAAGUGAACUUUGAACG